AGGAAUUCAAGGGCUCAACAAUAGUUGAAUUAAUGAAAAAAGAAGGCACCACCCUAGGGCUUACAGUAUCGGGUGGAAUCGACAAGGAUGGGAAACCAAGAGUAUCUAACCUUCGUCAAGGAGGAAUCGCUGCUAGGAGUGACCAGCUGGAUGUAGGCGACUACAUCAAAUCUGUGAAUGGAAUCAACCUGACCAAAUUUCGCCACGAUGAAAUCAUCAGCCUGCUCAAGAAUGUUGGCGAGAGGGUUGUUUUAGAAGUGGAGUAUGAGCUGCCUCCAGUCUCUGUACAAGGAUCAGGUCUCAUCUUUAGAACUGUAGAAGUUACUUUACAUAAAGAGGGGAACACUUUUGGAUUUGUAAUAAGAGGUGGAGCACACGAUGACAGAAAUAAAUCUCGUCCUGUUGUAAUAACAUGUGUUAGACCCGGAGGGCCUGCUGACAGAGAGGGCACGAUCAAACCUGGGGACAGGCUGCUGAGUGUUGAUGGGAUCCGACUGCUGGGAACAACACAUGCUGAAGCCAUGAGCAUUCUCAAACAAUGUGGGCAGGAGGCGACUCUGCUGGUUGAAUACGAUGUCUCAGUGAUGGAUUCAGUAGCGACAGCGUCUGGGCCACUGCUAGUUGAAGUUGCCAAAACUCCCGGUGCUGCUCUUGGGGUUGCACUAACUACCUCGAUGUGCUGCAACAAACAGGUCAUUGUCAUAGACAAAAUCAAAUCUGCGAGUAUUGCAGACAGAUGUGGUGCAUUACACGUAGGAGACCAUAUUCUGUCCAUUGAUGGCACCAGCAUGGAGUACUGUACCCUGGCAGAAGCAACGCAAUUUUUGGCUAAUGCAGCGGAUAAUGUCAAGCUUGAGAUCCUUCCUCACCACCAGACACGGCUAGCACUGAAAGGCCCGGAGCAUGCAGCUUUGGUGUCUUCAUCCUUCUCUCCUACCUCCAUGAGUGCAUACAGCCUGAGUUCCCUGAACAUGGGGACCUUACCUCGCAGCCUCUACUCCACCAGCCCACGUGGGACAAUGAUGAGGCGGAGGAUGAAAAAGAAGGACUUCAAAAGCUCCUUGUCUUUAGCCUCUAGCACUGUUGGUUUGGCUGGGCAGGUCGUCCACACAGAAACCACAGAAGUAGUGCUGACAGCUGACCCCGUAGUAGGGUUUGGGAUACAGCUCCAGGGUAGCGUGUUUGCUACUGAGACCUUGUCUUCUCCACCUCUCAUUUCCUAUAUUGAGUCUGACAGUCCGGCGGAAAGGUGUGGGGUGCUGCAAAUAGGAGACAGAAUAGUGGCAAUAAAUGGUAUCCCGACGGAAGACAGCACGUUUGAUGAGGCCAAUCAACUGCUCAGAGACUCCUCUAUCACCAACAAGGUCACUUUGGAAAUAGAAUUUGAUGUUGCAGAAUCAGUUAUACCAAGCAGUGGAACAUUUCAUGUAAAACUACCAAAGAAGCAUAAUGUGGAACUUGGCAUCACCAUAAGUUCUCCAUCCAGCAGAAAACCAGGGGACCCUCUGGUUAUUUCUGAUAUCAAGAAAGGAAGCGUUGCUCACAGAACGGGGACGCUUGAACUGGGUGAUAAGUUGCUUGCAAUAGAUAACAUUCGACUUGACAAUUGCUCAAUGGAAGAUGCUGUUCAGAUCCUUCAGCACUGUGAGGACCUUGUAAAGUUAAAGAUCCGCAAAGAUGAAGACAAUUCCGAUGAACAGGAGAGCUCAGGAGCAAUUAUUUAUACUGUUGAGCUCAAGCGCUAUGGUGGGCCUCUUGGAAUUACAAUCUCUGGUACUGAAGAGCCCUUUGAUCCCAUAAUCAUUUCCAGCCUUACAAAAGGAGGAUUGGCUGAAAGGACUGGGGCAAUUCACAUAGGAGACAGAAUCCUAGCAAUAAAUAGUAGCAGUCUGAAAGGAAAACCUUUGAGUGAAGCCAUUCAUUUAUUACAGAUGGCAGGAGAAACUGUCACCUUGAAAAUCAAGAAGCAGACAGAUGCUACCAGUCCCAAGAAAUUUUCUGUCCCUGUGGGUCACGUAAGUGAACUGAGCGAUGCUGAAGAUGAAAACUCUGCUGCACAGAAAUCUGGCAAACUCUCAGACAUCUAUUCCACUACAGUCCCAAGUGUUGACAGCGCAGUAGAGUCGUGGGAUGGCUCUGGUAUUGAUACCAGCUUUGGAAAUCAAGGACACAGCUAUCAGGCUUCAGGAUACAACUUCAAUGCUUAUGAAUGGAGGAGUCCUAAACAGAUGAGUUUGUCCCCUCCAAGCAAACCACGAAACCACCCAUUUCAUGAUGCAGGGCUGAGUGAUGACGAAUGGGACCGACCUACAGCAAGCAGCACAGCUUCCAAGAAUAUGUGGCAACAGAAGGAGACUGAGACAUUGGGAGAGAAUCAAGAAAACCAUUUAAAGCAAACUUCUUUAGAAAGAUCAGGGGGAGAGAGCAUCAGGAGCAUGAAGAAAGAGGGCAAGAUGUGGAAAGGUGCCUCUGGUGGGCAAAGGAAAGGUGGGGGACAGCUGGAAGAGUGGAAUACUUCCAGCUUCGCAGGUACCCAUGAUAACACCGAGGCUGACCAGGAGGAAAAUUUCUGGUCUCAGGCUCUGGAGGAUUUAGAGACCUGUGGCCAGUCAGGAAUUCUGAGGGAACUAGAGGACAAGGCUGACAGGCGUCUGUGUUUGAGAAACAUGACUCUCUUGGCCACAAUUAUGUCAGGAAGUACCAUGAGUUUGAAUCAUGAAAACCCACAACCUCGUAGCCAGCUGGGAAGACAAGCCAGCUUCCAGGAGAGAAGUACUGUAAGGCCACAUUACAGUCAAGCUACUCGUAGCAACACAUUGCCGUCAGAUGUGGGGAGAAAGUCCAUGGUUCUGAGAAAGAUUAAGCAAGAAAUGAAAGAAAUCAUGUCACCAACUCCUGUGGAGUUACACAAGGUAACUUUGUACAAGGACUCUGAUGGAGAAGACUUUGGGUUCAGUGUCUCAGAUGGUUUGUUGGAAAAAGGAGUGUAUGUUAAAAACAUUCGACCAGCUGGCCCUGGUGAUCUGGGAGGUUUAAAACCCUACGACAGACUUUUACAGGUAAACCAUGUUCGCACCAGAGACUUUGACUGCUGCCUCGUUGUGCCCCUCAUCGCAGAAUCUGGCAACAAGCUGGAACUGGUUAUUAGCAGAAACCCGCUGGCACCUCAGAAAGGAAGCUCAGAACAACAGCCUUCAGCCAGCGGGGAGUGGAGCGAUCAGAGCAACGCCUUCCUUCCGCAGAGCGGGCACCCUAGCGUCCAUACAGAGACGCGGGAUCCUACAAACACAUUAUAG